AUGGCUUGUCUUCUUCCUGCUGCCCAGAGAGUUCCUGCAGGGAUUCUCUUCUUAGUGCUUUGGGGCUCAGUUCUAGGUGACAAACUGCUGGUGGUCCCCCAGGACGGAAGCCACUGGCUUAGCAUGAAGGAGAUAGUGGAGAAUCUCAGUCAAAGGGGACAUGACAUCACAGUGCUAGUGCCAGAAGUCAACUUGCUUUUGGGAGAAUCCAAACACUACAAGAGGAGAAUCUUCCCAGUGUCCUAUGACCUUGAAGAGCUGCAGACCCGGUACCGCAACUUCGGAAACAACCACUUUGCUCCUCGUUCACAGCUGAUGGCUCCUGUAACAGAGUACAGGAACAACAUGGUUGUCAUCGACCUGUGCUUCUUCAGCUGCCAGAGCCUCCUGAAGGACUCUGCCACCCUCAGCUUCCUCAGGGAGAGCAAGUUUGAUGCUCUGUUCACAGACCCAGCCAUGCCCUGCGGUGUGAUCCUGGCUGAGUAUCUGAACCUGCCCUCUGUCUACCUCUUCAGAGGUUUCCCAUGCUCUCUGGAGCACAUGCAUGGACAAAGUCCUAGCCCUGUGUCCUAUGUUCCCAGAUUCUACACCCAGUUCUCAGACCACAUGACUUUCCCCCAACGGGUGGCCAACUUCAUUGUUAACGUCUUAGAGAACUACUUAUUUUAUUGUCUGUAUUCAAAGUAUGAAGUCCUCGCCUCCGAACUCCUAAAGAGAGACGUGUCCCUACCGAUCUUAUACCAAAACUCUCUGUGGCUGUUACGGUAUGACUUUGUGUUUGAAUUCCCCCGGCCGGUCAUGCCUAACAUGAUCUUCAUUGGAGGAACUAACUGCAAGAAGAAGGGAGAGCUGUCUCAGGUGGGUGGACGUGUGCCCAGGUUCCAGAUGCAUGCGCCCACAUCUGGUUUACAUGUGGCUUCUCAGGAUCGGAACUCCAGUCCUCAGACUUGCUCCCAUAAGCACUCUACCUAG